UUUAAAAAAUUAUUUAAUAAAUUAUGUGCCGAGCUCGAAUCUGUCAAAUCCUCAAACACAAUUUUGGAUAUGUCCGAGCUCUUAGCUUGGCUUCAUACUAGACCCAUACUAUUCCUAUUCCAUUCAACCACAUCCUAGUUUCUUGACUCAGCUUCACAGCAUAUACAGACCACCAAUACCUUCCCUCUCACAGCGUCUAUGACUCAAUCAACAACUCCCAAUUCUCCCAAAAUUCACUUCCUCUUCUUCGUCAAUUUCGCUCCUAUUCAUUCCUCAUAUGUGUAGAUCAAGAAUGGCGACCAACGCCGCCGAACCUACUUCAAUUUCACCCCCAACCCCAAGAAGAAGUUCACGGAACUCACGCGCCACCACCAGAACCUCAACAUCGCAGCCCUCCGCCGUGCCCCAAUCCCCAAGAUCAGCAGUACCGUCCGAUCCAUCAACCAGUAACAUCACCAGCGCCAAUUACUCCUCCGGCUCAAGCUACAGACUCGACACAUCAACUGCUACAGCCUCACUCUCAAGCCGGACUUCCUUGACGAGCCUCCGUGGAUCGUUACCUGAAAAACCUCACAUUUACGAUUUCUCUGAAAUUCGCUCCGCCACCAAUAACUUCCUCGCCAAACGCUACUCCGCCUCUCCGACCCCCUCAUGGCGGUGCACUCUCCGCGACAAAGACGUCAUCAUUUUUCAACGGAAGUUUCGGCGGAAAAUGGAAACAUCGGAACUCAAGGACAAGUUGUCCAUCAUAUGUAGAAGCCACCACAUGAGUAUAAUCAAGCUUCUUGGAGCAUCAAUCUCUGGUAACCAUAUAUACUUGGUGUAUGACUAUAUGCACGGUGCGAACCUCGUAGAUUGUCUUCGAAACCCUAGAAACGCUAACUUUACUGUUCUUUCCACAUGGAUGUCGAGAAUGCAGAUUGCAACUGAUCUAGCGCACGGCUUGGAUUAUAUUCACAACAACACUGGUAUGAGCAUAAAUUUGGUUCAUAAACACGUGAAGAGCAGUGGUGUGAUUGUCACUGAGCCCUCGUUUAAUGCCAAGAUUUGUCACUUCGGCACGGCGGAGCUGUGUGGUGAGGCUGUAGGUGAACAGAAGGAAGGUAAUGUCGUGAAAAUAGGUGGCUCCGGCGAGAUCACCGAAGAGGUUUCGGAGUCACCGGCGGAUUUGAGGAGAUUGGACAGUCGAGUCUUGCAAUUUGAAGGGGUUAGAGGUUAUAUGUCACCGGAGUUUCAACUGACCGGAGUGGCGACGCAGCAAUCCGAUGUGUACGCAUUUGGGGUUGUGAUUCUCGAACUCUUGUCCGGUGAAGAGCCAUUGAGAUACAAGUUCGAUAGAGCAAGUGGGAAUUAUAGAAAAAUCUCGAUUAUAGAUAGGGCUAAGGUGGUGGUGGACGGUGACGGAGAUGACGGUGGUGGUGAUCGUGGAGAAGACGGAGUGGAGUGGAGGUUGAGGAGAUGGGUGGACGGGAAGUUGAAGGACUCGUUCCCAGUGGAGGUGGCAGAGAAAAUAACACGUGUAGCACUUGAGUGCGUACACGUUGAACCCGAUCAGAGGCCAAACAUGCGCCGCGUGGCUGGUAAGAUCUCGAAAUUGUAUUUAGAGUCGAAAAUUUGGUCGGACAGGGUAAAGUUCCCUACGGGCAUUUCGAUCUCUCUAGGUCCUAGAGAAUGAUUUUUUUUUUUUUUUUUUUUU